UGUACAGAGCAGUAAGUUUUCAUCGCACAACGAUCUCACACUCUUUCUUCCUUUUUUCCUUAGCCUCAUCAGCUUAAGAAAAAGGCUGCGUAAGUUGAAGCCUUAGAACUAUUUCUUCCUCUGCUGCAAAAUCAGGUCACUUCUCAUUUUCAUUUUUCUCUCGUCAACUUUUCUCUUUCUAUAACUUUUAGGGUUUCGAAACGAUUUUUAGUUCAGAAGAUCACUUGCUCGUUUUGUUCUGCUUGUUAGAAUUUAAGAUGGCAAGUCGACUAAAGGAAGAUGAGAAAAAUGAACGAAUAAUUCGAGGACUUCUCAAGCUCACACCAAAUCGAAGAUGUAUUAACUGUAACAGCCUGGGACCACAAUAUGUGUGCACAAAUUUUUGGACGUUUGUUUGCACUAACUGUAGUGGAUUACAUCGAGAAUUUACACAUCGGGUAAAAUCAAUUUCAAUGGCUAAAUUUACUGCACAAGAAGUCAGUGCACUUCAAGAAGGAGGAAAUCAGUGUGCAAAAGAAAUCUAUUUUAAAGAAUGGGAUCCACAACGUCAUUCUUUGCCUGAUAGCAGCAAUAUUGACAGGCUCCGAGAUUUUAUUAAGCAUGUUUAUGUGGAUAGAAGAUUCACUGGUGAGAGGACCUAUGACAAACCUCCUAGAGUAAAGGUGGGUGAAAAAGAUGAUUUCUUUGAAAACAAGAGGAUGGAGACAUAUCUGGGAGGACCUAAAAGCCCUCCAUAUGAGGACACAUAUGAACGUCGUUACAGUGACAGUUCUAGUCCCGGUGGAAGAAGUCCUGGAUAUGAUCAAGAAAAUAGGCAAUAUGGUGAUCACAAGAGAAGCCCUGGUCGACCUGCAAUAAUAAAUGAUUGGCGUCGUGAAGAUAGAUUUGAGGAUGGACGGAAGUUUGAAGAUCAUAGAAAAACCAAUGGAGAUAAUAAGGUGGAAAGCCAAUCUCCUGAGCAAACCAAAGAUCCGGAUUCUUCCAGCUCACCUGUGAUCCGACCUGUUAGAGAUAUCUUGGGAGAAAGUGUAGUGCCUCUUCGAAUCAGUGAACCCCCCAAAACAAACAGUGGACAGGCUGCUAAUGGCUCAGCACUCACACAGAGACCUGCAUCUUCCAGUUGUUUGGCAUCCAGCAAUGGAACCCCAGCAAAAGUUAAGAUUGAGACUAUGAAGAGCCUUAUUGAUUUUGAUGAUGAUCCUGAACCACCUUUUGCUCCUGCUAUUCCUCAAGCCCAGCAAACUACUGUGGCUCAACUUGGGAUGCCUGCAAAUGCCAGUGAUAAUAAUUGGGCCUCUUUUGAUGUUUCUCCUGAGGCAAAAGCAUCUCAAGGUCCUUCAAAUGUAAAUCCACUUGAAUCUAUGCUGUCUCAGUUGUCAGUACCAGCAUCUUUAUCUGCUCAAGUUCAAGUUUCUGGAGCCCAAGGAUCUGUGACUGGAUCAGCUCUUACUUCUGCUGCUGGAGCUCCAAUUGUUAACAGCUUCUCGACAUUCCCUAUCAGUGGUGCUUCAGUAACAUCUUCUGGAUUGACAACAGCAUCAUCCCUCAAUAGUGAUGGACAGUGGGCUAGUUUGCAGUAUCAGCAACAACCUCCUUUGUUCCCUGCUGCAGCUAGUCAGCCUACUAUACGACAAUCUACACCACCAGUAGGUGGAGCUUUGAAUAAUCAGCCCUGGACUAUACCUUCCGUACCAUUUGUACAGGGACAUCCAAGCACAUCAAUGCCUCAAGCAUCACACCUUGUUUUACAACCUUCUUCAGUGGACAUAAAACGUGGUGGAAGAAGUGAACUUCCUGAGGAUCUAUUCACUGUGAAAUAUUCAUCCUUUCCUGCUCCAGUCCCAGGUUGGCAAAUGGGUCCACCACCUAGCAUGGGUAUCUCAAUUCAAUAUAAUAACAUGGUGCCCAAGCCAAGUUUUCCACAACCAUCAAAAUCAACAAAUCCAUUUGAUGUCAACAAUGAAUCGACUCCAGUGCAAGCCCCAACUUUUCCUUCCAUGUCAUUGUUACAAGGUGCUCUGCCUAGUGUAACUCCUUCAGCAACAAUGCACCCUUCAAACAUGGGUAAUCCACCCUCAUCAUCAUCAUCAUAUGUAUCAGGGUUGCCUCCUCAAGCACACACUCUUGCACCAGGGGCAUACAUGGGGCAACAAAUGCCAACUAACAUGCCAAUGCCAAGGCAUCAAGUAAUUGGGAGUUUUGCUACUGAGGGAGCUACUUUUGGCUUCUCAAAUCCAGAUCAGCAGCCGACUGGUAGGUUGUCAGCCCCUGCUACCCCAAACCCCUUCCCUGCAGGAGGGAACCCAUUCGGGUGAUCUAAAGUUUUUAUCUGCUCGGACUCUGAGUCAUGCAUCAAUUUGUUGCACUCUGUACAAAUAUUGUUGUUGUUGUUCAUGUCGUUUGUCAGUCAAAGUGAAACACGCUAGCAUAUUGAGAGAUUUAUGACCUGUCACCUCUCACCCGUGGGUUCAAAUUCAAAUAUUUGUACCUGGGCUUGUAAAUUGUUUAUUGCUACAGGAAACAUGAAGGCAAAAUCUGCCUACAAAAAGGAGGGGUCUUUACUGAGAUAAUGACUUAACGAAUAUGAAAAAGAGGAAGAGGGGGUUACAGUGACUUUCGUAGAGAAUAAAUAUUUUUUUUGGUGCGGCCAUGUG